AUGGGGAAGGGGCUGGAGGGGACGGCGGCCCGCUGCGGGCUGGGACUGGGAUACCUGCUGCAGACGGUGGUGCUCCCCGCCCUGGCCGUCCUGGGGGCCAGCCGCCCCGGCUCCGCGGCGCAAGAUGAUGAUUUUUUUCAUGAACUUCCGGAAACUUUUCCAUCUGACCCCCCAGAGCCAUUGCCCCACUUCCUCAUCGAACCCGAGGAGGCUUACAUUGUGAAGAACAAGCCGGUGAAUCUGUACUGCAAAGCAAGUCCAGCAACACAGAUCUAUUUUAAGUGCAACAGCGAGUGGGUUCAUCAGAAGGACCAUGUGGUGGAUGAGAGAGUAGAUGAAACCUCUGGUCUGAUUGUCCGAGAGGUGAGCAUUGAGAUUUCCCGCCAGCAAGUCGAGGAGCUCUUUGGGCCCGAGGAUUACUGGUGCCAGUGUGUUGCCUGGAGCUCUGCAGGCACCACCAAGAGCCGGAAAGCCUACGUCCGCAUUGCAUAUCUCCGGAAAACUUUUGAGCAGGAGCCAUUGGGGAAAGAAGUGUCCCUGGAGCAAGAGGUCCUGCUCCAAUGCCGUCCCCCUGAAGGCAUCCCAGUAGCUGAGGUGGAGUGGCUGAAGAAUGAAGAGGUUAUUGAUCCUGUGGAAGACCGAAAUUUUUACAUCACGAUUGAUCACAACUUGAUCAUCAAGCAAGCCCGGCUUUCUGACACAGCCAAUUACACCUGUGUUGCAAAAAACAUUGUGGCCAAAAGGAAAAGCACCACAGCGACUGUGAUUGUCUAUGUGAACGGAGGCUGGUCUACCUGGACUGAGUGGUCAGUGUGUAACAGCCGAUGCGGGAGAGGCUUCCAGAAGCGCACGAGGACCUGCACCAACCCUGCCCCACUCAACGGUGGUGCCUUCUGCGAGGGCCAGAGCGUUCAGAAAAUAGCUUGCACCACUCUGUGUCCAGUGGAUGGCAAGUGGACAUCCUGGAGCAAGUGGUCCACCUGUGGCACGGAGUGUACUCACUGGCGCCGGAGGGAGUGCACGGCCCCAGCGCCAAAGAACGGGGGGAAGGACUGUGAGGGGCUGGUGCUGCAGUCCAAGAACUGCACUGACGGGCUCUGCAUGCAGGGUUUCAUUUAUCCUAUUUCAACUGAACAGAGAACCCAGAAUGAAUAUGGAUUUUCUUCUGCUCCUGACUCGGAUGACGUUGCUCUCUACGUCGGGAUCGUCAUAGCCGUGAUCGUGUGCCUGGCUAUUUCCGUGGCUGUGGCCCUGUUCGUCUAUCGCAAGAACCAUCGUGACUUUGAGUCAGAUAUCAUUGACUCCUCAGCGCUAAAUGGGGGAUUUCAACCUGUUAACAUCAAGGCUGCAAGGCAAGACCUCCUGGCAGUGCCACCAGACCUCACUUCUGCUGCAGCCAUGUACAGGGGUCCUGUUUAUGCCUUGCAUGAUGUCUCUGAUAAAAUCCCAAUGACCAAUUCUCCAAUCCUGGACCCGCUCCCUAACUUGAAGAUCAAGGUUUAUAAUACCUCUGGUGCAGUCACUCCCCAGGAUGAACUUUCUGACUUCUCCUCCAAGCUGUCCCCACAGAUUACACAGUCUCUUCUGGAGAAUGAGACCCUGAAUAUGAAGAACCAGAGCCUUGCUCGGCAAACUGACCCAUCGUGCACUGCAUUUGGGACCUUCAACUCCUUAGGAGGUCACCUAGUAAUUCCCAAUUCAGGAGUAAGCUUGCUGAUCCCAGCAGGGGCCGUUCCACAAGGGAGAGUCUAUGAAAUGUAUCUGACAGUUCACAGAAAGGAGAACAUGAGGCCGCCUGUAGAAGACAGUCAAACCCUGCUGACACCAGUGGUGAGCUGUGGCCCACCAGGAGCCCUGCUAACCCGGCCCGUCAUUUUAACCAUGCACCACUGCGCAGAACCAAACACAGAGGACUGGCAGAUCCAGCUGAAGCACCAGGCUGCCCAGGGACCAUGGGAGGAUGUGGUGGUGGUUGGGGAGGAAAAUUUCACCACUCCAUGCUAUAUCCAGCUGGACCCAGAGGCCUGCCAUAUCCUGACAGAAACCCUCAGCACGUAUGCCUUGGUGGGACAAUCAAUCACCAAAGCAGCAGCCAAACGUCUCAAACUGGCCAUCUUUGGACCACUGUCCUGCUCUUCGCUGGAGUACAGCAUCCGGGUCUACUGCCUUGAUGACACACAGGAUGCCCUUAAGGAGGUCCUGCAGCUUGAGCGGCAGAUGGGUGGGCAGCUUUUGGAGGAGCCCAAAGCUUUGCAUUUUAAGGGAAGCACUCACAAUCUCCGUCUGUCCAUUCAUGAUAUUGCCCACUCUCUCUGGAAGAGCAAACUGCUGGCUAAAUACCAGGAGAUACCCUUUUACCACAUCUGGAGUGGAUGUCAGAGAAACCUGCACUGCACCUUCACACUGGAAAGGUUCAGUCUGAAUACCCUGGAGCUGGUGUGCAAACUCUGUGUGCGGCAGGUUGAAGGAGAAGGACAGAUCUUCCAGCUCAACUGCUCUGUUUCAGAGGAACCUACUGGCAUCGAUUAUCCUCUCAUGGACUCAGCAGGCACCAUCACCACCAUAGUAGGGCCCAGUGCUUUCAGCAUCCCCCUCCCAAUAAGGCAAAAGCUGUGCAGCAGCCUGGAUGCACCUCAGACCAGAGGCCACGACUGGAGGAUGCUGGCCCACAAGCUGAAACUGGACAGGUACUUAAAUUAUUUUGCUACGAAAUCAAGUCCCACUGGGGUGAUCCUGGAUCUCUGGGAAGCCCAGAAUUUCCCUGAUGGCAACCUGAGCAUGCUGGCAGCAGUUCUUGAAGAAAUGGGAAGACAUGAAACAGUUGUUUCUUUGGCAGCAGAAGGAAAUUACUAAUGCAGCCUUGGCGUGAACAGGAAGGACAGACGCAGAGAGCAGUAAUGCCCUGUUAUUGCAAACGAGAAUUGAAAUGAAAACCCAGACCAAUGAGUUACACAAGAGACAUUUCAGAGAAGAAAGCAAGGAAGCAAAUAAACAAAAAAACCAGCCCUGACCUUCACACAUGUUCUCCUUGUACAUUAUCACAGGAUCAAAAAGAAAUCAUGCAAAGUUGUACCUUGAAAAUAUAAAUCAACAUAAUGUUCCUCUCGGCUUGGCUGUACACUGCUUGGUACAGGAUUUUACAGUUUCCUAGGAAACGCUUUUUAUUGCUAUCCAGAUAUAUGGAUAAACUUUCUUAACAAUCCCACUUUCUAUGGAUGUUGUUUACAUCAAAUUCUGGACAGGGGUAAGGAGACUGUCCAUGGCUCUUUAUAUUUUUUGUUUAAAGCCAUUCUAGACAAGGCUAUGGACAGGUGGUUGUGGCUACUAUUGGUUUCUGGUGAAUUCAGAUUUUGGCUACAAUUCUGCACAUUGGUUGUCUUGCAAUGAUCCUCCUGUCAUCAUUCUGUUUCCUAGACCUACUUGUAAAAAAAAAAAAAAAAGAAAAUCAGGGUUUGAGAGGUGUGCAUCUGGAAAGCAGGUACUCUGGCUGAUAAGCAGGAACACAGGUAAUGUUCCCUUCCUUUCCCGAGGCAGCCCCACUGAGCCUGUGUGGAGAACAGCUAUAAAAUGGUGGGGAAUGCAGGAUCUGAGUUAGUUUUCAAUUCACACCCUUUUCACCCCUUUGCAAUAUGAGGGGGCCAGAUAUGCAAUUCAGAGUGGUUGGGAGGGAGGGGGAUAGAAACGCAGAAAAAAAUAAAAGAGAAAAGUUACUAUGAUAAUUUUUUUACUGAUUAGUAUCUAGUGCAAGGAUUAUAAUGACUAUUAUUAUUACCAUUAUUACUUUAUUUCUAAUUUUGUCAGCAGCAGAAUGAAUAAUUUCUGAUUUUAUGGAACCUGUUGUCCCUUUGCUGAAGGUCUUCUAAGAUAUGUCCUUCUAUAUGCCAUCUGCCCUUCCCUUUGUCAGCUAUCAUACUCCUCCUCCAAAGUCCUCUGCCAGCCCACACAGUUGCUCACCUUGUGUUAGCAUUGCUGUGCAUCAUGCUAGAUGCAAAGGCAGUAUAAACUGGUGACACUCUGCUGAAGUCACUGAUCUGCACUCACCAAGUAUCUGACCCAACACCCCUCCCUGGGAUGUUUUACACCACCCUGGUGCUUUCAGGUUGCUCCAAGAAGCAGUCUUGUCCCAAGGUGGCUGUGAACCAGAGGCAGCCUCCCAGUCCAAGUACACAUGGACCACUGGUUCAAGACAACAGGUGCAAGCAUGUGGAGACACUGAUGUUGGCCACCUGAUUUGUGCAUCCAAGGUGGGUCUUCAUAUUGUUUGCUUUGUUGUGUAGCGGUCUAAGAGCCAGCAACUCCCAUUUCUUCCCCACAGAGCUGCAGGUACUCACUUUUACUGAAACCCACCACCUUCAGUAAUGUUUGCCAUGGUUGGGGUUACUGACAGUUCAACCCUCUGCUAGGCCAUUUCUGUGUGAGAUGCACUUGGUGAUCUCCACGGAUACUCCCAGGCUUUGCUGCAGCGUGUGUCAUGUGGGUCUGUGUAGGGCCAUGGAGUGGUGAAGUUGAAAUCCCGUGUGUUGCAGUUUGCUGCCUUCACUGUGCUCCUGCCACCACCGCUGCCUAGUCAGGGAGCUGCAGGUUCUCACUGGCUGACCAGGAGAUGUUUGUCCCUCUAGGCCACCACAAACAGGUAAAGUUUGAAUUCUGCAAAAGGAGCAAACCAAAAAUGGUCGUCACUGCAAAUGUAUUUUGUGUUCUGCUCAGUGAAAAGACUGACUCUUUGAUACAUGACAGUGAAUAGGAUUGCUGUAGUUUUACUGCCAGACUUGUCUGUCCUCUACUUCUCGCACAAAAAGCCUUUCUUCCCCAGUCCACCCGCUCCAGGUUUCCAGCCAGGCCCUGGUUAUUGCCUUUGUGCACACAUGCAUGCCCCGUCCGCAUAUGUAUUCCCACUCCGUAUGCUUCCCGUGACUGGAGUUGGCUUGUUCUCUUUUGUGGUCUUGGUUUUGUUUUCCCCAAGGCUUUCCAUAUUGAGCUUUUGAAGGUAACUUUGAAAAUGUCAUUGGUCAAAAUGAAAAGAAAAUUUAAUCUGACCUUUUUUUCCAUUUGACAUUUCCGUAGGCUUGGCACCUUUUGUUUCUCAGCUCCCUAACCAGUAAAUAAGGUCAAUCAAAACCAGUGGGGUUUUGAUUGACCGCUGGGCAGCAAGCACAAAAAGUUCCCUUCCUUGUAAGAGGUAACUUGGCAGUUUUCCAACCAGCAUUUCAGUGAAAACUGGAGACCAGAGGAUAUACACUGUAACUUUCAACAUCUGUGUGCGUUCAGCCUGUGUAAGCCCCACCUUCUCUUAAUGUGGAGAUGAUAUGGACAUCCUUUCAACAGCCAACCAUCUUCUUUUUCACCUUGGGUAUCUGAUGCAGCCCAUUGCAAUGCUAAUGUAAAUUUUGCUUUCAACUUCAAGAGGCUUGUACUGGGGCUUCCAGCUCUGCCCUUUCUCCACACUUUUUACUCACCUUGGAGCACUAAAAUAGGUCUCAGCUUUUUUUUCCUCCUAUGCCAUCUUCAGAUGUAACCAGUUGUAUUUAGUUUGUGCUUCUUCACCUUUCCCAUGUGUCCUUCCUUCGUGACUCUGCGUCCAAGGUGGGUGCAUGAGUUGAACUGUCCUUUGACCCUUUCCCAUCUUCAGCUCAGUCUGUGUUGGCUGAUCCCUAGGCUCACUGGUACUCCCCAGCUCUCAGCUUUUGCCAGGUGGGCAGCAUGUGCACCCUUCUCACUAGGGUCAUACCAGUGACACCCAGAAAGUGUCUCAUAGUUAUCUCUAUUGCUAUGAGUGGAUGCUCCUUUUGCCAGCUCUCUGACCUACAUUCUCACACCUCCUGCAAGAAGAACAGAUGAACAAAUUUCUUAAAGUAUUCUGGGGCAUUUUCCUGUCCCAGCAUCACAGUAAAGGGGAUUUAUUGUGAGGAAAAAUACACACUGAUUGAGGAGCAUCCACAGAGGUGGGCAGGAACAUAACCGUUCAUCACUGAACAUGACUAGGGCAGGAGCAUCACCAUCACUGGGUGGUGGAGCUGUUCUUCUUCCACCCUGGCUGCUCAGAAACCUUCUGUCACCUGCUGCAAUCAUGAGCUGGAUGCUUUCUUCAGCACCUGCUCCAUAAGCCUUUGCAGGAUCCCAGUGCGGCACUGUGUCAGCUGCCCCGGCCUUGACAGAGCAGGGAGAAGGUUCCUCCAUAGAGUCGCAGCUCAUCCCAGCAGCUCCACACUCAUUUUUUGCCACUGCUGCCAAAGCAGCUCCCACUUCACCUCCCUGCAUUAAUUUUGCCCAGCUUUUUCUUUUUUUCUGGGGGUACAGCAGUGGCCAGGUGUGCAUUGUGGGAGAGGGCUCCGGCAGAGGCUAGUGCUAUUCACCAGUCAGCAUUCCAAUCCUGCUACCCCAAGGAGGGAUGGUGGGAAGCAAGAGCAGCCAGAUCCGCUCAGGGUAUUAUUUUUCGUGGGAGAAAAACCAGCAGCAGUCCCUCCACUUGGAUUGCAUGGACACAGUGCCAUCUUGUGGGGCUGAGCAGUGGCUCCAGCGUGCUGCUGCCACCACGGCGAGCAACUUCGCGUGGGAAAAGGCUUUCCUGUGGGGUGGCUCUGACAAAGACGUUUGGCAGACAGAACAGACUCUUAAAAGUUGUUGUAACAUUUUAUGUCAGGUAAGCACAUCUGCUUUAAAAGAA